CGGAGGCAACAGGUGCGUCGAGCCGGGCGGAGGGCAGCGGCGUCCAGGUAGGCGGAAAGGAAGUGCGGGCUGCGCAGAGCCUGGUCGUCUUGUGCAUUGAGGUGCAGAGGUCCUCCAACGGUGCCUUCUACAACAGUAUUUCAGAUUCUGCUGCAUUUCAGGAUGGAGCCAUCCCCUUUUAGCAGGAGGCAGUGGGCUUCACAUUCUCUGAGGAUCACUGCCAAAGAGUUGUCUCUUGUCAACAAGUCAUCGGCACUUGCAGAGAGGUUCUCAAGGUAUCAAAAGGCAGCUGAGGAAGCAACUGCAGAGAGGAAAAAAAGUAAUGCAGAAAAUCUUCCCCCUCAUUUUAAAAGGGGGACCCUCAGCGUCUUGAAGAAGAAGUGGGAGAAUCCAGUAUUGGGGACGGAGACUCGGAAGGAAACGCUACGAAGCAGCUGUACUGAGGUUAGGCAGAAAGCUGUCAGCCCCACUGGUGGAACUGAAGGCGGGUCUGCCUCCCUAGCAGAAAUUGGGAAAGCCUCAGGGAUUGGUCCCACAUCUCAGCUCCAUUCCUCUUCCGGAGUGAUUGGCCAGUUCAGAUAUCCCAGCGUUGACAGCGAGGAGGCGAAAGCCCAUUCAUCCGAGAGUGGGAAAAUGGAAAACUGUCUUAGAGAAUCCCGGCAAGAAGUAGGCAAGCCCGAGGCCAAUGAAAACUCAGAUUCUUCAGGGAAGAUAGAGAAAUGUAGCGUUCCUUUGAGCAGGCUAAAGAUGAUGUUUGAGAGAGGGGAUACAAGCCAAACAAAGGUUCUCCGUGACCAGGGCCGGGCUGCUGGCGGUAGGAGGAUCUCGGAGAACAGCUUUUCAUCAGAAGACCUUGACUUCAGUUCUGGAGAGAGAAACCACAACAUCUCAGGUCAUCCGCUGUGUGGCUCUCCAACAUCUAGUCCAGAGAGCAGGAAAAACCAGGAGAUGCCUCGUUUGUCGGAAACGUCAGUCAAGGAUAGACUUGCUAAGUACCAGGCGGCUGUGUCCAAGCAGGGCAGCUCCAGCAGCCAGUUGAAUGAAAAUGAAGUCAAGAAUUACAAUUGUGAGCAGAAAGAGAAUUGGCCUCCAAGCUCUGAAGAUUUCAUUCUCCAGCAGGAUGGGGAGAAGGUUGCCACAAGUGAUGAUCUGAACUCCAGCUUCUGUGAAGACGGCACUGUUGGAUUCAACUCCCCGAAAGAAAACGAAGCCCCGAGGUUGGUUUAUGCCAAACAAAGUCCUGAUUCUAGAGCGUCCAGCCAGACAGAUGCUUCUCCUCCCAAACCAGUGAAGAAGUUCCAGUUGCCAGCAAAGGAAACAUGUUUUGCGUGCAAGAAGACGGUUUAUCCAAUGGAGCGUCUCUUUGCCAACCAGCAAAUUUACCAUAUCAGCUGCUUCCGCUGUUCCUAUUGUAACAGCAAACUCACCCUUGGAACGUAUGCAUCUCUGCAUGGGAGCAUUUACUGCAAGCCUCAUUUUAACCAGCUCUUUAAAUCCAAAGGCAACUAUGAUGAAGGUUUUGGGCAUAAGCCACACAAGGAACUGUGGGUUAGCAAAACGGAGGGUGAAGAAUCCCUGGAGAAACCUGCCUUGGUCGGGAGUACAACAGAAGGUCCUCAAAGUCCUGGAGUGGAGGAUGCACCAAUUGCAAAGGUUGGAGUUCUGGCAGCCAGCAUGGAAGCAAAAGCUGCUGGCGUGCCAGAGAAGGAGGAGAGGCCAACGGAAACAAAGAAACUGAAGAUUGCCUGGCCUCCACCUGCUGAGCAAGGCAGUCAAGGGAGUGUUUUGGAAGAAGGUAUCAAAGUGUUGAAGCCCAAGUGGCCCCCAGAGGAUGAGGUUCCUAAGCCAGAGAAUGAGGAAGAGGUGGACCAAGACCUUAAAAAAUUACGAAGGUCCUCUUCACUGAAAGAAAGAAGCCGGCCAUUUACAGUGGCAGCCUCUUUUAGAACAAUGUCUGUUAAGGGCCACAGAACUGAAAAUGGAUCUCGCUCAAAGACUGAGAGGAGUGCCGUCAGGCAAUGGGAGGCACUGGCCAGGGACAUGGUGGUAGAAGACAAGCCGAGUGAGGAAAGCAGUGCAGUGGAGCCUGAAAACGCCCCCAGUAUAGAGGAGGUGGAGGAAGAGGAGGAGAAAGAAUUGGAUGAGGAAAAGCAGGAAGCAAGAGGAGAGGAGAGCCUGGUUGCAAAUGGCCGGCAGGUUGCAGAGGCGGACGAGGAGGAAGAACAAAAUGCUGAAAAGAGGUCCAACUCCCUGGAUAAAGAAACGUCCUUUCUUAUGUCUCCUACACACGCUGUCUUCAGUUCCACAACCACAAAAGAUUUAGUCCUUAGUCCAAAUCGUAAAUCCCAGGAUGUUGGGUUUUUUGAAGGUGAAGACCUAGAAGAUUUGACAGUGGAAGAGCAGAUCAAGCGGAACAGAUAUUAUGAGGAGGAGGAAGAGGAGGAAAGGGAAUAAAUUGUUUUUACUAGAGAACUUACUGCAAGGUGCUGGGCCUUAAGUUAAUGUGUGUUUUUAAUUUGGGGAGGGGUGGCAUUUUCUUUUUCUUCCUAAAGUGGCUGCUCUCUGCAAAAGUAACAGUACUGCAAGUUGACACAUAAAGGAACCAUAAAGACUUGCUUAGCUUUAUAUUGCAUAGGAAAGUACAUUGGAAAACCUGCAAGAACAUAAUUAAUUUUAUGGAAUUGGAUUAGUAUACAUUAAAAUCAUUGUAGGGAUAGCUGCUGCCUCCUCAAUCAAGUAAAAUUUGUACCCAUUUUGAGAACUCCAUUCAGUUUCCUAGUCAUUAAUAUGUUUAUCUGCUUCUGCUUUUGGUAGCUUGGCAAUUUGGGGGGUGGUCAGGGAAGGAUCUAGCUAUAAUCCACGAAGCUGAGCUGGAAGAAAAAAGGCUUUUUUUUAAAAAAAUACACAAUUAUUACCACUAACAAUGAGAUUGCAAUAGGGACCAGUUCCAAAGGGGGUGGGGGUGGAGAUUGCUUUAAAUGGUGACUGCACUUUAAUGUAUGUGUAAAGGCACAAUAGAUAACUGGGAUACUUUUAAUAGUAAAAACACUGUCGUCUAAAUGUCCAGCAACUGUGUAUCUUAAGUACGCAGUUCCCAGCACUGUUUUUGAGGUACAUUCCUGGCAGCAGUCAGGGGAGAAUCUCCUUUGCACUUUGCAUUUCUGCAAGCGCAACGUUUGUUGUUGCAAAUCAGGACAUGGGUGAGUCUGGUCCUUUUGGCUGGCCAGUUAUACAGAGUACCUUUCUCAUGCCUAGGUUAGAACCAAGACCUUUUAAUUUCCAGGGCUACUAUGAACAGCCUGUGUAGAGAGCAGGGCUUCUGUCCACAGGAUAUUACUACUUGCAUUCCGCAUUUCGUCUUCCUGAAUCAUGUUUUCUACUUGAAAUUUCUGCUUUUCUUUCUGACUUUUGGGUGCAAAAUUAAGUUGAAAUUCAGCGCGUACCAAACUGCCAGAUUUUAAAGAGUAAAUAUGAAAAAUGACACAUGCAGAACAAACAAAAUGUACAUGAUUAAAAAAGAAGCAAUAGUAAGAUUUUUCUUGGGACUGAUUCCUAGCAUUGUGUGUUUUAGAGCUUUUCAAUUUGACUGCAUGUAUUUUUUAAAUUGUAGAAUUUUUGAUCUGGGUGAAGGGAUUGUUUACUUCAAUAGUUUUUAAUCUUUUGUAAUGUGUUUACUUAAAUUAGCUCUAACUAUAUUUUAGACCUGUAAAAUAUUCUGCUUUCGUACAAUCUUGCUGAGUAUGAAACAUUUUUAUCCAAUAAAGGCUCUGUCAUUUUUA